GGGGCGGGGGGGGGGGCGGAACGGGACAGCUCAGGCUGGCGAAGAGAGCGGCCCUAGGAGGAGUUUCGUUUCCUUCGCCGCUUCCUGCUCCUCCUUCUCUAGCGUCUGUUAUCGCUUCAGCUUGCUGCGUCUCCCGGCGAAGCAGUAGCCCCGCGCGUAAUAACAAAUGCGGGUGAAAGAUACAUCAAGGGCUAUAACGGAAAAAACCAAGAGACACAAAAAAUCAAAUCAGCUUCAGGAUGAAGACUCUUCAGAUGACAUUACAGGAAAAGGUUUGACAUGCCAGCAUGUAAGUCAAGCUGUGGAUGUACAUUAUGUGAAGAAAGUGGUAGCUCAGAAUAUCUGGUCAGUAUGUUCAGAGUGCCUAAAGGAAAGGAGAAUAUGUGAUGGUGAACCAGUAAUGCCUACAGACAUAUGGCUCUGUCUCAAAUGUGGAGCUCAGGGCUGCAGUCAAAACUCAGAAGCUCAGCAUUCUCUAAAACAUUUCCAAACUGCACAGACAGAACUUCAUUGCAUUGUAAUCAACAUCAGCACGUGGAUUGUAUGGUGCUAUGAAUGUAAUGAAGAGUUGUCAACACACUGCAACAAGAAGGCUUUGGCACAAAUAGUUGACUUCCUCCAAAAGCACGUUACCAGAAAUGAAACAAGUUCGUCAUCAAAAAUUAUACGGCUAAAUGAGGAAAAUAAUGACACAAGUGAUGUGUUUAAGGGAAGAAGCAUCAGUUCCAGUUGGACAUCAGUUCCAGUUAAAGGAAUUAGUAACUUAGGAAACACUUGCUUCUUUAAUGCUGUUAUCCAGAACUUGGCACAGACACACAUGUUAAAUGAGCUAAUGUGUGAAAUGAAGGAAAAAGGGACAAAAUUGAAAAUAGGUCAAAAUCCACUAUCUCAACUGGAUCCUUUGGUAGUAAGCCUCUCAAGCCCUGGAUCACUGACUUCAGCUAUGUUCCUGUUCCUUCACAGUAUGAAAGAAGCCGGAAAGGGUCCCCUUUCUCCUAAAGUACUUUUCAGUCAGCUCUGUCAAAAGGCACCUCGAUUUAAAGGAUUUCAACAACAGGACAGCCAAGAAGUUCUUCAUUAUUUGUUGGAUGCAAUGAGAAUAGAGGAAACAAAGCGCAUACAAACUGCAAUUUUAAAAGCGUUCAAUAAUCCAACUACUAAAACAGCAGAUGAGGAGACAAAAAGAAAAGUCAAAGCCUAUGGAAGAGAGAGUGUGAAGAUGAACUUCAUAGAUAGGAUAUUUGUUGGUGAAUUGACUAGCACUAUCAUGUGUGAGGAAUGUGAAAAUAUUUCCACAGUGAAGGAACCUUUUAUUGAUCUUUCACUCCCUAUAAUAGAAGAGAGGAUUUCAAAACCUGUUCCAUUUGGAAGAACAAGUAAAUGUAAACAUGCACAAGGAGAUGUUGAUCAGUACAGCAGUUGUACUAUUACUGCUUUGAAUAAUCAACAAUUAAAACAGUCUAGGAAACAUACAGUAACAAAGGACAAGAACCAAGUAAACCAUGAAAGCAGACUUGCCAAGAAAUCCUCCUCUAGUAAAGAAGAAACAUGCCUUUUUAUUAUGCAUGAAAAACCUAGAGGCACUAAAACUGAAGGAGGCUCCAGUGUUCCAGGUCCAGAGGAUAGCAGUAUAGUGAUGGAGUGUGCAACAAAUGAAAGCCAGAGUGAAGGCAGUGAAAAAGAAGCAAGCCAUUCUGAAAGUAGUGUCGAUGCAGAUAGUGAGGCUUCUGAAAGUGAAAGCACUCCAAAGCAAACGGCUUCCACCAGAGCUUCUUGCACAUCUGGUUUGCAUACCAGUGGGCAUAAACACUUUCCUGAAAACAUUAAAUGGCAUUCCAGCAAAUCAUCCCAUAACAGUACAGAGGCACUUACAAGUUCCUUGUCAAAACUGAGUUUUGGUAACACUGUAAAUGAGGACGAAGGGCUGCUGAACAGAGAUCAACUAUCAGGUCUGUCAAACAAUAUCACCUUUUCAGCAGAGAUUUUUCCAUUGAUGCAAAGCCCUCAAAAUGCUUUCCAAACUCUUUCUCCAAGUUAUGUACCAAGCUCUAAAGAGUGUUCGGUUCAGUCAUGCCUCUACCAGUUUACAUCUGUGGAACUAUUGAUGGGAAAUAACAAGCUGUUGUGUGAAAACUGUACAGAACAGAGACAGAAGCAUCAUAAAAAGACAAAUUCCACAGAGAAGAAGGUGGAAGGUGUGUAUACAAAUGCCCGGAAGCAGCUGCUGAUUUCUUCAGUUCCUGCCAUUCUUGUUCUCCACCUUAAAAGAUUCCACCAGGCUGGUGUAAGUCUACGGAAAGUUAACCGGCAUGUGGAUUUCCCGCUAGUGCUGGACUUGGCACCAUUUUCAUCUGCUUCCUGCAAGAACGUGACAGAUGGUGGGAAAGUUCUCUAUGCUCUUUAUGGAAUAGUGGAACAUAGUGGUUCCAUGCGAGGCGGUCACUAUGCAGCAUAUGUGAAAGUAAGAUCUCCAUCCAAAAAGCUUUUGGAUCACAUUUCUAGCAAUAAAAAUGUUCCAGGUUUAAAGGAAUCUGUAGGACAGUGGGUAUAUGUCAGUGAUACCCAUGUACAAGUGGUCCCAGAGUCAAGAGUGUUGCAGUCACAAGCUUAUUUGCUGUUUUAUGAAAGAAUAUUGUAGUUGUAUUCAGCAGUGAAAAUGUUACUGUUAUUUAGGUUUCCUUGAAAUGCAGCAACAGGCGAUAGCAGACGUAAAUGUUGUGCAUUUACCUCUGCUCUAAUGUAAAACAUAUCAUGAUUUGAAAACCCCCAGGGUUUCAGCCCAGAGAUACAUAAAGACUCACAUUGUUAUCUGGCAGCUGACCCUUGUGCCCACUGUUGCAUCUAGUGCUGCUCUCUGAGGACUUGGACCUUCAGAGGGGCUUUUGGAGAAUGUGUGCGACGGCUGCCAGUAGGGGUAAAUUGAAAAGUCCCCAUAUGCAAGGAAAAGCAAAGUUAUGUUUCUCUGGAGUCAUACCUACAUGUUAAAAUACUAAAAAUAUUUUGAAGUUAUCCAUUCUGAAAGAGAAUGGUAAAACUUCAGUUUAGGGCAGUACAAUCAAAAUCAAUUGCAAAAACAUUAGUUGCAGAAAUGAUCUCAAAAAGACUGAGUAGUGCAAAAUACUGUUUAUUAGAUCAUGAACAAAGUUAUGUUGCAUGUUUGCCACUUUUUUCCUGGAGUGUUAUGGCUGCAGAUUUUUUUUAUGGUGGUACUACUUGAAUACAUUUUUAAAGGGCAUGUGACAUAAUCCUAUCAGGGCUGCUGGUGGGACUUUGCAAGUUGGAACAUCCCAUCCCAUCAGAAGUUUUCUGAAUAUGGAAACCUUGGAACAUCAGAAAGAAAGCCAGAAUAGAACCUUCUCCCCUGAUGAGUUAGCUGUCCAUAUACAGGGAAUGUUUUGACAUUGGGGAACUGCAUUUUUGAAUGCUUCCCUCCCACAGCCUGAAGUGAUAGCCUUGGAUUGGCUUUACUUCAUAAUUACCUCAGACUUUAAAAUAGAGGUCAAAUCAAUUCCUACUUUCUAAUUUUGCGCACAAUAUUCCCUGCCAUUUAUUAAAUAGAUUGGCAAGGAUACUGAAAAAUAAUAGGUGACUUCAAAUCCUUUUCCUGGGUAUUGUGAACUUCAUACAGAUCGGUGCUUUAAAUGAAGUACUGCUUUAAUAUAAAAAAAAAUUCAGGUGUGCAGAGGAGUUAUAAUCAGUGGUUUGGUUCCAGUGGAGGGUUUCUGUGGACAGAAAGAUUUCUGCCAGCAUAGUGCAACUUUCUACCCAUCCCAGCUUCUCCUGCAGCCCAAUCUGCUCUCUCUCAAGCUUUUCCUAUCCCAGAAACUGAAUUUCAGGGGGCAUUUCACACUGGGGACGGCAGGGAGAGGCAAGGAGAAUGUGGCUUACAGACAGAAAUCCCUCCAUCAUGGAACCCUUCCAUGGUAUCCAAGCCACUGCCUCUUAUACUUUACUUUCUGCAGAAUUGAGGGUGAUGGGACUGGCUUCUCAUGAAUGUACUGUUUUGGGAAUUUUUGUUUUUUUGCUGUUUGUAAAAAAAAAAAUCACAUCCCCUGUGCCACAUGACAAACUCUUGUUAAAGUUGGGGAGGUUUCUAAGAGGAAACUGCUGUUGUAAAGGUGGGGGAAUGGCCAUCAAACCUUACCUGUAGUUUGAGGGGCUUUCUGUAUUGUGACCAUUACAAAGGCAUGAUUUUUAUGAAAUCAUGAAAUUCUGUAUAUCUAUCUCUGAUUUGUUUUCCUGGAUGUCACUUAAAGGGAAUAAGUUGUAUGCAGGUAUUCCAUGUACAUGUGGUAUCCAGUGUAGAAUCUGAAUACAAUCCACUAUGAAAC